CGGAAGGUGUGUCGGGCUGGCUGCAGAAGCGACGCAGGCGUGGUGUGCUGCCACCUGCAGGAUCAUGACCAGAGACAGACGCCAACCUCAACCUGGUCAGAAGGGUUGUCGGUCGUUCACAGGAUUCUGCAUGGAGUUUGGGAGAGAAUUCGCGAGCAAGGGCGGCGGCGUUGUAGUGCGUGCGCGCGUGCCGUCUUGGACGGCUGCACAGGCAGACGCACUCGCUCCUGCGUGCGUCUCUGCGGCGCAGCGCGGGAGGACAAUGGCAUUUGAAGGCUACGCAAACCCCAGGACGGCGCUGUUCCACGUCUUGUUCAAGGGGUUGGCAAUAGCAUUCUAUGUAUGUUGUAAAUGGAUAUCAUCGAGCUUCGUCAUCCAUUUUGUAGUGUGUGUGUUAUUGUUAGCACUUGAUUUCUGGACUGUUAAAAAUGUCAGUGGCAGGCGACUUGUGGGGCUACGAUGGUGGAACGAGACCGAUGAGAAUGGCGAGAGCGUGUGGAGGUUCGAGUCUCUUGAUCAGGAGGCUAUGGAUCAAUUGAACAGCAAGGACGCAUGGUUAUUCUGGUCGACGAUUGUCAUAAGCAUUGGAGUCUGGGUACUUCUGGGAAUUGGCGCCAUUGUGAACGUCGCCCCCAAUUAUCUUCUAAUUGUUGCGAUCGCGAUUGUAUUGAAUGGGGCGAACAUUAUCGGCUUUUUCAAAUGCCGGAAAGAUGCAAAGGCCAAGCUUCAAGGCCUUGCAACCGAGACGAUGGUGUCCCACCUAACGCCAAAGAUACAGAAUCUUUUUUCAGCUUAGUGAUAUGCCCCCCCCCCGCCUCGCCCAGUCCCGCUGCCCCCGCCGCCUCGACCAGUCCCGCUGCCCCCGCCGCCCCGCCCAGUCCCGCUGCCCUAGCUGCCCCGCCCAGUCCUGUCGAUCCCGCCGGCACCCUAACUGACGAUAAUGCAGCGGAGAGCGUCCUUGCUGCCACAUCGCCUUCUUGAAGAGCCUGCACAGCCUCCCUGUGAAUGGGGGGAGAGCUUUGCUCUGCGGAUGUGCUGGAGGGGUGAUGAGGGACAUAACAGGUGCUUCUGACUCAGCGCGGAGGCAAUCCUAUAUUUGUCCGCAUGGUACUGCGCUGCACUCCCUUGGAACCCACCUCUUUAACUUGCCUCCUGCACGGCCUCCCUGUGAGGUGGAGCGAGGCCUGCUCCGCAAAUGCGCUGCAGUCAGUGGUGAUGAGGGACAUGACAGUUGCUUCUGGCUCGGAUUGGAGGCAAGCCUAUAUUUGUCCGGAUGGUGCUUCGCUGCACUCGUCCACUCGUCCUGUGCGGCCUCCUGUCUCUUAUACACAUCUAGAUGUGUAUAAGAGACAGCUGUGAGGGGGGCGGAGAGGUCUGCUCUGCAAAUGUGCUGGAGGGGUCAUGACGGAUGUUACAGUCACAUCUGACUCAGCACGGAGUCAAAGCGUGUAUUUGUCCGGAUGGUGCUUCGCUGCACUCCUCCUGCCCGGCCUCCCUGUGAGGGGGGGGAGAGGUCUGCUCUGCCAAUGUGCUGGAAGGUGGAUGAGGGAUGUAAGUGACGUAACACUUGCUUUUGACUCAGCGCGGAGUCAAGCCCUAUAUUUGUCCGGAUGGUGCUUUGCUGCAUUCCCCUUGGAGCCCGGCUCGUUACCUUGCCUGCUUAUCUAGUCUUCACUCCUUGCACUUGCCUCUGCCUCGUCUUUUCUCUUGACGCGUUUCUGCACGGGUCUGUAUUCGCGGUGGGCCCACUACUGGUGGGAUGAGGGACGUAAGUUACAUAACACUUGCUUUUGACUCAGCGUGGAGUCAAGCCCUAUAUUUGUCCGGAUGGUGCUUUGCUGCAUUCCACUUGGAGCCCGGCUAGUUACCUUGCCUGCUCAUCUACUCUUCACCCCUUCCACUUGUCUCUCCCUCGUCUUUUCUCUUGACUCGUUUCUGCACGGGUCUGUAUUCGCGGUGGUCCCACUACUGGCUGUUGUUGACAAUUCCUUUUUUUUUUUUUUUUUCCCUUAAAUCACCAGUACCUACUUCGUUUUUAGGCGUUCACGUGGUGGAUGAAUCUCUUUUUUUUUUUCUUCUUCUUAAACCACCGGUACCUAUUACCUAACGACAGGUCUGUAUUCAUUCGCAUCAGAGGGGGCCUAAGACCCCCUGAGGUACUGGUGGCUUAAUGGGAGUUUGCUUUGUCGUAUACCCAAAACAAGAAGGCCGCAAGAGCAGCCAAACCAAACCACACGAGGAGAUCCCAUGCAGAAUGGAACCGGCAGCCCCGGGUGGGACCAAACUGCAGGGAGUACUCGAUUUUAUCAGACUGGGAUAUCAAAACUGUAUAGGCUUGGUGGGCUGCAAGGGAACACUGCGCACAGCCGAGUUGUGCCCCAUCUCGGUUUGUUGGCCUCGACUUUGGACGUCCAGCGCCGCUAAGCUCCUCCUCUAACUAACAAUCGGCGCUCGGGUAAGCGCCACGUAAUAAUGGUUUUAAAGGUCUUUUGCUGUCCUUUGUUUACUGUAACAGUGAUCUGGACAUCCGAGGUAACAUUUUUGUUGUUGUUGUUUUUCCUUCUAUCGAAUGUCCGCGCUUAAUCCGUGCCGAUGCAGGCUUGGAGGUGUCGACGAAAGAAUAUCGUCGGUGUCUCCUUGCAUGGCAGCAGCAUCGAGACUGAAAGUGUUGUCAGUCGCAGCAAGGCACGGCAGGCGGGUCAGUUUUUGCGGGUCUUAUCGACGACCCAACAUUUGUUGUUUUUCUCGCCAUGCAGCUUCGCGAGGCUUAAAAGAGU